AUGUCUAUUGUUCCCUUGAUAAAGCAUGCUUUUAUCUUUCCCAUAUUUCUACUACUACUACGUGCUUUACGCACUCGCUUCCCGCUCCCCCUGGGUCCGCUCCGUCUCACAAAGGAAUUGUCCGCGCAAGAAAUCGAUGUGCACAAUGUGAUCGUCAAUCAACUCCUCUUCCCCAACAUGAUCACUGCGGAAAGUGAGACGAGCAGUCAGUCCAGUUCCAAAGACGCGCGUCAACCACCGACCUCUUGUCGAAUGUGUCUAGCUCGUCAUCGUAUCCAGACCAAAUAUCUGGAACAGAUUGUGGAAUUGUACGAGGAUAUGCAUGUGAUUCAAUUACCCCAUUUGGAAGAAGAAGUACGGGGUGUCGCGUCUGUGCAAGCGUUUGCGCAACACCUGUUGAAACCAUUCCGUCGUUAG